UCUGCUGCGCAUUUCGCCUUUGUCCGAAUUUUUAGAAGAAAACAAUACAAUUAAUCGCUGCGCCAAAGGGCACGACAAGUAGUUGAAUACCCACGAAUUAAACAAUUUUAUAACCGUUGCGUAAUUGCAUAAAAAUAAACAAAAGCAUAACAAUCUAUAAACCAGAACUGAAGAACAAACAAUUGAAAAACAGAAAGUGCUGAAAUAAUAACGCCAUAUACACUCAGCCACUAAUUGCGUAUAUAUUCGUUUAAAUAUAUUCGCAAAUCGCAGCUGAUUUCACAUAUCAAGGUGAAGAUGCUAGAUUUGGAUAUCCUGCCUGAGAAUUCUUUGGGGUGCGAUGCCUGGGAAUUUGUGCUUGGCAUGCACUUUUCGCAGGCCAUUGCCAUCAUCCAAUCGCAGGUGGGAAUCAUCAAGGGAGUCCAGGUGCUAUACUCGGAUACCAAUCCUCUAGGUGUGGAUAUCAUCAUUAACCUGCCGCAGGAUGGGGUUCGCCUGAUCUUCGAUCCCGUCAUCCAGCGUCUGAAGACCAUUGAGGUGUUUAACAUGAAGCUCGUUAAGCUGAGAUAUGGCGGUGUCUACUUCAACUCCCCGGAGGUGCUGCCCAGCAUCGAGCAAAUUGAGCACUCUUUCGGAGCCACCCACCCUGGGGUGUACGAUGCAGCCAAGCAGCUCUUUGCUCUCCAUUUCCGCGGGCUCAGUUUUUACUUCCCCGUGGAUAGCAAGUUGCAUUCUGGCUAUGCACAUGGACUGGGUUCCCUGGUUUUCUUAAACGGCGCUUCGCCCGUUGUGUCCAAGAUGUCCCUUUAUGCGGGCAGUAAUGUGUCGGAGAACAGGGCACCAUCUCUGCCGCUGGCCUGCUAUCACCGCCAGAUGUACUUGGAAUCGGCAACAGUUCUGCGCACCUCCUUUGGACACACGAAAGGUCUGAAGCUGAAGCUCUUUACUGAAGGUUCAGGAAGAGCUUUGGAGCCACGCCGACAGUGUUUCACGCGAGAACUGCUUUUUGGCGAUAGCUGCGAGGAUGUGGCCACAAGUCUGGGUGCACCCAAUCGUAUAUUCUUCAAAAGCGAGGAUAAGAUGAAGAUACACAGCUCGAGUGUCAACCGACAAGCGCAAAGCAAGCGAAGCGACAUCUUCUUCAACUACUUCACACUGGGCAUCGAUGUCCUUUUUGACGCUAGGACGCAGACUUGCAAGAAGUUUAUACUGCACACUAAUUAUCCCGGGCACUUUAAUUUUAACAUGUACCAUCGCUGCGAGUUUCAGUUCCUGCUGCAGGCGGAUCACCCAUCCAUGAGCGAUAGUGGUCAUGAUCUUGUGACGCCCACGAAGCAAGAGCAUGUUAAUAUAAACGCUUACACCAAGUGGGACGAGAUAAGCAGCGCAUUGGCCACCUCGGAGCGGCCAGUAGUGCUGCAUCGGGCCAGCUCGACGAACACGGCUAAUCCCUUCGGCUCCACUUUUUGCUAUGGCUACCAGGACCUGAUCUUUGAGGUGAUGCCCAACAGCCACAUCGCCUCUGUAACGCUAUACAACACGGCGCCUCCCAGGCAGCCAGCUCACUCCUGGCAGCAGCACAAAAUGCAGGACAUACGCCUCACAGUGGCCUAGAUUUGUGAGGAAUACUGGGCUCCCUUGGAUGCUCCAUGAUGCUGAACAAGGGAACGCCCUCCUAGCGUGUUCUAAUAUUUAAGCUACAACAAUGAUCUAACCUAGCCGUAAAGUAGACACAUAUUAUAUAGUAAUAUAUAUAUAUACAUGAUACACCUAGAUUUCCAUCUUAAUCUAAGCCAAUCAUCGGACGAACUCUCUGACCAGGUUCAUUCUACGGUAUUCCAUUGUGUUAGCUCGAUUCGAUUUGUUUCGACCCAUAACUGACAAUUAAUUAGCCUCGUACUUUUAACAAUUGCAUGUCGUUAAUAUAUAUUUCAGUACUUUAAGCUCCAAUCGUGUAUCUCUCUUUGAAAAAGAAAAAAAUCAACAAAAAAAUAUAUAAAUAUAAGGUUU